AUGGCCGAUGAGAGUAUAUUUGAUAAAAAGAAAGCGCAUCAUGCAAAGCGUGCUGGUCGGAAGGCGGACAAGAAAAAGAAGAAAAAUCAAGUCGAUCAAUCUAACCUAAGUGCGAGGCAAAGAAAUCCGAAAGCGUUUGCAAUACAAUCGGCAGUACGGGCCGAAAGACAGUUUAGGAGACGGGAGGAUGUGAUAUCUAAAAAGCAGCACAUUCCUCGUGUGGAUAAAACUCCCUUGGAGCCUCCGCCAAUUGUAGUGGCCAUAGUUGGUCCACCUCGCGUGGGCAAAACCACGCUAAUCAACAAUUUAAUCAAAAGCUUUAUUAAGACUAAUGUGACAAGCACAAAUGGCCCCAUAACUAUAGUUACUUCCAAGAAACGACGCCUCACGUUGAUUGAAUGCAAUAAUGAUAUAAACUCUAUGAUAGACAUUGCCAAAUGCGCUGAUUUGGUUUUACUAUUAUGUGACGCUAGCUUCGGCUUCGAAAUGGAGAUUUUUGAGUUCCUAAACAUUUGCCAGGUGCAUGGAAUGCCAAAAGUUAUGGGUGUUCUUACUCAUCUGGAUAUGAUAAAGAAUGCAAAAACUUUAAAGACAACAAAGAAGACAUUAAAGCAUCGUUUUUGGACGGAAGUUUAUCCUGGAGCUAAAUUGUUCUACCUCUCCGGCAUUGUACAUGGUGAAUAUCUAAGAAAUGAAAUUAAAAAUUUAUCAAGAUUUAUAUCUGUGAUGAAAUUUAGACCACUUAGCUGGCGUACUACCCAUGCCUACAUAUUAGCUGAUCGACUAGAGGACAUAACAAACCAAGAGGCUAUAAGAAAAGAUCCCAAAGUUAGUAGAGAUGUAGUCCUAUAUGGUUAUGUAAGAGGUGUACCAUUGAUGAAGGAGACUAUGGUGCACAUUGCAGGCGUUGGCGACAUGAAGAUAAACGAACUUUCAUACUUACCUGAUCCUUGCCCUUUGCCAAAUAGAGAAAAGAAACGUCAUCUCAUGGAGAGGGAGAGGCAGAUUUAUGCGCCGUUCUCUGGCGUUGGUGGUAUUGUUUACGACAAAGACGCUGUUUAUAUCGAACUUCAGGGCUCGCAUUCUCAUAAAAAGGAAGACGAGGAAACGAAUGAAAAAAUGGCUUUACUCAAAAAUGUCGUUGAAACUAAAGAGACUGUCGAUGAGCAAAUGCAAGAGUCUGGGUUUAAACUUUUCAGUGGUGGCGCUGUCAUAUACCCAGAUAUGGUCAAAGAUGAUGAAUAUUUGCAACAUGACAAAAACAAUGAUAGUUCUGAUGGAUCAAGCGACGAAGAGAGCGAAUCAGACAAUGAUAGUGGCAUAGAUCAAAGCGAAAAAGAUACCGACGGAAAAAAUAACAAAUUGCCAUGGGAUAACAACUCUGGCUCCGAAGCCGAUGACGAUGAGAACGAAACAGAGAAUAAAGUUGAUUCCGUAGACGACGAAAAUUCUGACAAUAAUGAGGAUUUUAGUACGAAAUGGAAGGAAAAGCUUGGCGAAAAAGCAACGAUGGCGUAUUUUGAAAGACAGAAGACUUCGAAGAAUUUAAUGAAAUUAGUGUACGGUGAAUACGAAAUCGGAAAUAAAAAUAAAGAUAAUAGCCAGAAAGAGCACGAGAGCGAAAGCGAUGAUGAAGAAAUUGGCGGGCUAUUUAAAAAAGUCACCAGCACCCAAAAGAAAAAACAGAAACAGAAAGAACAGCUGGACAACGACGAGUGCUCUUAUUUCUAUUCUUUAAACAAACCCAACUUUAGGGAUUGGACAACGGAAUCGAAUAAACAGUACCUAAUAAACAGUUUCGUAACCGGCAAAAGAUCAGCUGAUGAAGAUGCUUCUGAGCUUCUUAAGCUAGACGACGCAAGUGACGCCGACGAAGAGCUUUACGGCGAUUUCGAGGAUUUGGAAACGGGCGAAAAACAUGUCACAGAAGAAAACAAAGAUUCAUCCCAAGAAGAUACUGCUGGUACUAAGCGUAAAGCUGAGCCGUUGAAAUCUGAGAUCCUUGAUAAGAAAUUAAAGCUCAAAGCUAAAUUCGACGCAGAGUACGACAAUCCAGAUGAUCACAGGAUUAAGGGUGACCAUUCUUAUUACGAAAGUCUUAAAGCGGAGGCGCUUAAACAGUCCGAGCUGAACAAAUCGGUCUUUGAAAAUCUCGAUAACGGUUUAAGAAUUGAAGUAGAGGGUUUCCGACCAGGAUUGUAUGUUCGAAUGUUGUUCAAGAGCAUGCCGUCGGAGUUUGUGACAAACUUCGAUCCGAGUUAUCCAAUACUUAUCGGAGCACUCAACAUGGCUGAACAAAAUAUCGGCUUUGUAUCCUGUAAAGUCAAAAAGCAUAGGUGGUAUAAGAAAAUUCUGAAGACAAACGAUCCACUUAUAAUAUCGCUGGGAUGGCGCCGCUUUCAAACUCUACCCAUAUAUUCAAAAAUAGAAGAUGACUUAAAAUGUAGAUAUUUGAAAUAUACCCCGGAGCAUGUUACUUGCAACAUGCAUUUCUAUGGUCCUAUUACACCACAAAAUACGGGUUUCCUAGCACUUCAAACAGUCAACAAUAAUCCAAAUGAUAUCAAACAGCUUGGGUUCAGGAUAGCAGCAACGGGUAGUGUAAACGAAAUAAAUAAAUCCACUCACAUAGUUAAAAAACUCAAAUUAGUUGGAACGCCGUUAAAAAUAUACAAAAAGACUGCAUUCAUCAAGGACAUGUUUACGAGUACACUUGAGGUGGCGAAAUUUGAGGGGGGCAGGGUCAAAACCGUAUCGGGUAUAAGAGGCCAGAUUAAGAAGGCACUUAACAAACCAGAAGGCGCAUUCCGCGCAACGUUCGAAGACAAAAUCCUCAUGAGCGAUAUCGUUUUCUGUCGGACGUGGUUUAAAGUUGACGUCACGAAGUUCUACGCACCAGUGGUGAACCUACUUUUGCCGCCGGGAAAUAAAAAUGCUUGGCAAGGUAUGAAAACGAAGGGCCAACUGAAGAGGGAGAAGAACAUACAGUGUGACGCCAAUACUGACUCUAUGUACAAAGACAUCGAAAGAGAACCUAAAGUAUUCAAACCCUUGGUCAUACCUAAAGCACUACAAAAAGGACUGCCUUACAGAUUCAAACCCAAAGAGCAAAAGACAACGUUAUCCGGCAAAAAGACGAAGAAUAUGUUUAAAGACAGAAUAGCCGUUGUGAAGAGUCCACAUGAACAGAAGGUUACCAACGUCAUGAAAAUGCUAAAAACUAACUUUGAACAAAAGAAAGAAAAGGAAAAGGAAGCCGCGGCCGACAGACUGCAAAAGCACAAAAAGCAAGUGGAGUUGGAAGAGUGGCGUAAAAUAAAAAGGCAGAAGGAGUUGAAGAAAAAGAUAUGUAGGCAUUUAAGUAAAAUGUCCAGUAAGAAAAAUCCACAAAUG